AUGUGCAGAGCCCAAGCAGCUGGUGUCGAUCAGACUGGCGGUGGUGCCGCUCCUGGUAGCACCCACGGCCGCGAGCUGCUCCCUUCCAAUGUCAUCCCCCGUCAUUACCAUGUGACUCUCGAGCCCGACUUGGACAAGCUGACCUUUGACGGCACCGUCGUCAUUGACCUCAAUGUUGCCCAAGACUCCAGCUCCAUCUCCCUCAACACUCUCGAGCUCGACAUCCACAGCGCCAAGCUCUCGGCCAGCGGGCAGACUGCCACCCCCGCCCCCAAGGUCUCCUACCAUGAGCCUACCCAGGUCACCAAGUUCGACUUUGGAAGCCCUGUUCUUUCCAAGGGCUCCCAGGCCCAGCUUGAGAUCAAGUUCACAGGACAACUCAACGACAAGAUGGCCGGCUUCUACCGAUCCACCUACAAGCGCGCCGACGGAUCCGAGGGCAUCCUUGCUUCCACUCAGAUGGAGGCUACCGACUGCCGCAGAGCCUUCCCUUGCUUCGAUGAGCCUGCUCUCAAGGCCAAGUUUACCGUCACCCUCAUAGCCGACAAGAACUUGACUUGCUUGAGCAACAUGGAUGUUGCCAAGGAGGAACAUGUCCAGUCCACCAUGACCGGCACCGCCAAGAAGGCUGUUCACUUCAACACCUCUCCUCUCAUGUCCACCUACCUCGUCGCCUUCAUUGUCGGGGAGCUAAACUACGUCGAGUCCACCAAAUUUCGUGUCCCCGUCCGAGUUUAUGCUCCCCCGGGCCAGGAUAUUGAACAGGGCCGAUUUUCCCUCGACCUUGCCGUCCGAACCCUGGAAUUCUACGAAAAGGUUUUUGGCAUCGAGUUCCCCCUCCCCAAGAUGGACCAGGUCGCUAUCCCCGACUUUGCCCAGGGCGCAAUGGAGAACUGGGGUCUCGUCACCUACCGCGUGGUUGAUUUACUCCUCGAUGAGAAGACCAGCAGUGCGGCUACCAAGGAGCGUGUGGCCGAGGUUGUUCAGCACGAGCUGGCCCAUCAGUGGUUUGGCAACCUCGUCACCAUGGACUGGUGGGAGGGUCUCUGGCUGAACGAAGGCUUCGCCACAUGGACUUCCUGGUACUCAUCCAACGUCUUUUAUCCCGAGUGGAAGGUCUGGGAAAACUACGUCACGGACAACCUGCAGUCCGCUCUGUCCCUCGACUCUCUCCGCAGCUCCCACCCCAUCGAGGUGCCCGUCAAGCGCGCUGACGAGAUCAACCAGAUUUUCGAUGCCAUCUCCUACUCCAAAGGCUCUUGCGUCCUCCGAAUGGUUUCCACGUAUCUCGGGGAGGAGACCUUCCUCGAGGGUGUUCGUCGGUACCUGAAGAAGCACGCCUAUGGCAACACGCAAACCGGCGACCUGUGGGCUUCCCUGAGCGAAGUCAGUGGCAAACCCGUGCAGGAAGUCAUGAAUGCAUGGACCAAGGAAGUCGGGUACCCCGUCCUGACCGUGACCGAGAACGAGGCCGACAGCUCCAUCCACGUCAAGCAGAACAGGUUCCUGCGAACCGGCGACACGAAGCCCGAGGAUGACAAGAUUUUGUACCCCGUCUUCCUGGGUCUUCGCACGAGGGACGGCGUCGACGGCCAAGUUGCCCUCACCGAGCGUGAGAAGGACUUCAAGAUCCCGGACACGGACUUUUUCAAGCUCAACGCCAACCACACUGGAAUCUUCCGAACGUCGUAUUCCCCUGCCCGCCUGGAGAAGCUGGGCCGGGCGGCCAAGGAGGGCCUUCUCUCGGUCGAAGACCGCGCUGGCAUGAUUGCGGAUGCCGGCGCCCUUGCCACCUCGGGGUACCAGAAGACAUCUGGCGUGCUCAACCUGCUGAAAGGGUUCGGCUCGGAAAAGGAGUUUGUUGUGUGGAGUGAGAUUGUGGCACGUCUCGGAGCCAUCCAGAGCGCCUGGGUGUUUGAGGACACCGAGGUCACUGAGGGUCUCCAGGCCUUCCAGCGCGACCUGAUCAGCCCCAAAGCGCACAAGCUGGGCUGGGAGUUCUCCGACAGUGACGGCCACGUUGAGCAGCAGUUCAAGGCGUUGCUUUUCGAGGCAGCGGGCCUCAGCGGUGACGAGAAGAUCAUCAAGGCCUCCAAGGACAUGUUUAACAAGUUCAUGGCGGGUAACAAGUCGGCGAUCCACCCCAACAUCCGCAAGAGCGUGUUUGCCAUUUCUUUGCGAUACGGCGGUGUCGAAGAGUACGACAAGAUUCUCAACUUUUACCUGUCAACAAACAACUCGGAUGAGCGCAAUACCUGCCUCCGCACCUUUGGGCGGGCCAAGCAGCCGGAGCUCAUCAAGCGCACGCUGGAGCUCCUGUUGAGCCCCGAGGUCAAGACACAAGACUUGUACAUGCCGGUGGUUGGUCUGCGCGCCCACGCCGAGGGAAUCGAGGCGCUGUACAACUGGAUGGAGGAGAACUGGGCGGUGCUGUACGAGAAACUGCCGCCUACAUUGCCGAUGCUCAGCGCCAUGGUGAACAUUAUGACGUCUGGAUUCACGUCGCAGAAGCAGCUGGAGAGGGUGGAGAAGUUUUUUGAAGGCAAGAACAACAAUGGGUACGACCAGUCGCUCGCGCAGAGCAUAGACGCCAUUCGGUCCAAGGUUUCGUGGCUGUCGCGGGACAGGGAGGACGUGGCAGCUUGGGUCAAGGCGAAUGGUUACGCCAAGUAG